UCUCCUGGCGAAAGCCAACAGCACAUUCUCCUCUUUGCAAAGGGGACGGAGGGAGGGGGCUAGCUCAGGAAAUCCCCUUCACCUCGGGACCAGGCGCUCCCCUCCUGACUCCAGUCCUCAUGUGUUGCAGAGUGCAGAGGUGUUUCUGUUGGCAGUAGGAGAGUCCAGCUGCUGCUGUGUGUGUUUUUGGAGAGUUACUGUAGACCACAGACGGAUGUGAGACAGGGAAGGUGUGCCUCCUCCUGUCUUUUCUCUCUUUCUUUCUGCUGUCACCAACAACCCAGAGGAACACAGGGGAAGCUGCUGAAUGUGUUCACUGCAAAUUUCACUGAGAUGGAUGUGACGUUUUAUCUGCAGACUGCUCCAGCUGCCAUCUCCACAGAUUCUCCCUGCCUGGGACCUUCACCCUGCUUAGAUCCAUACUAUAGCAAUAAGUUUGAUGGUGAGAACAUGUAUAUGAGUAUGACAGAUCCAAGCCAGGAGUGUAUGCCAGGAAGCCAGUCUUAUCCAGUCCCAAACAUCGGAGAUGAGGACCUGGAUAUCCCUCCUAUUACUCCUCCUACAAUGCCAGAUCAUUCACUUCUUCACUUGGCUGACGCAGAAUCCAGUUACCACUCAAUCUGCCACUCAAUGCCUCAGAAUGGGCUCCUUCAAUUCAAUCCACAGAACAUGAAUCUUCCUGCGAUAACAGUGUCCAAUAUGUUAAACCAAGACGGAGCUCUGCUUUCAAACUGUCUCUCUGUGGCAAAGCAACGUAAACAUAAUGGCCCCAAUUUUGACGGUUUCUGUUCGUCGGGAACGGGCUGCCAGCGCCCGAUCCAUCCGUCAGCAUUUUCACUGGGGCCUUCGCAAAGGCAAACCAGUGCCCACCUGUCUCAGAUGCAUGAUCUGGGAAACACAGAAACUACUCAUUACAGUGCUCACCCACAGAUGUCAAUGAUGAGAUCUGCUAUCCAAUCUACAGACAUCAGACACCCAGGAGCAAUGCAACGUGGUCAGCUGACCACUAUAAACCAGUCACAACUCAGUGCACAACUUGGUCUUAACAUGGGAGGAAAUGCUAUCCAACACAGCUCACCAUCCCCACCAGGAAGCAAGUCUGCUACUCCGUCACCAUCCAGCUCAGUCCAUGAAGAUGAAACCGAUGAGACAUCCAAGAUGAAUGGGGGUGAAAAACGGGCUGCAGUAGAUGUUGGAAAGAAACCCAAAACUCCAAAAAAGAAGAAAAAGAAGGAUCCAAAUGAGCCGCAGAAACCCGUGUCAGCCUACGCUCUGUUUUUCCGUGAUACCCAAGCAGCUAUUAAAGGUCAAAAUCCAAAUGCCACAUUUGGUGAAGUUUCAAAGAUUGUUGCCUCAAUGUGGGACGGUUUAGGUGAAGAGCAAAAACAGGUGUACAAAAAGAAGACUGAAGCUGCAAAAAAGGAAUAUCUCAAACAGUUGGCAGCUUACAGAGCCAGCCUGGUUUCCAAGAGCUACAAUGACCCAAUUGAGACAAAGACAUCCCAGGCUUCUCAGAUGAUGAAUUCAAAGCAGCCAGUGUUUUCUGGUCACUCACAGGCACCAUCUCCAAUGUACCUUGGUUCAGGUGCCUACCAUCAACAGCCUGGUAUGAACCCCCAUAUAACCACCAUGCAUCCUAAUCUGUCUCGGAGUAUUGUCCCCAAGCCCAACGGUCAGAUGCCAGUGACUGUUUCUAUUGCAAAUAUGACCGUCUCCCCACGUCCAUCUCUUCAGAUCAGCCCACCUCUGCACCAACUAUCCAUGCAACAGCACCAGCUACACCAGCAGCAGAAUACUGUUCUCUCUCAGCAAAUAGGAAACCACCAACUAUCCAUGCAGGUUCAGCACUCGCCAACAAUGCAGCAGGGGUUCUUACAGUCUGAGUUUCAGAACAUAAUGAACUCAACAUCUACAGCUGCACCUGUUGCUACUCCGACAAUGGACUGUAUUCGCUCAGUUUGCCGGAACCCCCCACCCCAGAGUGUUGACUGGAAUGAAUACUGCAAUAAUGGUUUGCAGAGGGAUAAAGCACUCUACCUCACCUGAGGAUAUAGCGUUCUUUCCUAAGAUGACUGCAGGGAAGUCUUCAAAUAUGGAUUGCAUCAAGGCAGUUCUGUGACCUUUUAGACAACAAGUCGCUAAGCACUUAGAUCUUUAAGCUUGCACUUAAACCUGUGGGAUUACCCAAUUGACAAGACAUUAUUUUGCUUCUUUCCAUCGAAGAUUAUUAUUGGACAAAUGUCCCUCUUCAUUUCUGAAGAAAACCUGGAUCAUUUUGCUUACUGUUGGUUUUGCUGUGGAGUGCUGCUGUAGUGAACUGCCUUAGCAAUUUUAUGUCAUACUAGGAACAUAAUCCUAGACCUUCCAUCAGUUGUUAAUAGUUAACCAGUGAAACCAUUUGCUGAUGGAUAGAGCACUCAUAGCAAGUUUGUAAAUAGGGUCUGUGUUGCACUCUGUUAGAGUAUAAAAUGAUAAAAAGGUUUUCCUAGUUAAAAUGUAACUUUAUACUGACGCUGUUCAGUGAGAUUAUAUCAUUUAAAUGGGACCAGAUUGGCAAGAUUAGUAUUUUUUGCUUAAUUUGUAAGAAAAUGGUUUCAUAGUUAUAUAUUUGCAAAAUUGCUUCCAACAGUUUUAUUAAGCAAUCCCAAAUUGUCUCAUAGAAUAGCAUGAACAGUUUUUAAGUGUUUGAAAAAAACACAUUUAUUUUGUACUACAUAGAUGUUUUUGUAUCUUCUAUGGUGUAAUGGGUAGUAAUUAUGUCACUCCAUACUUUUGUGUAAAACAAAAACUGCCAAAUGCUUCUCUGGUGUUUAUUAGAUACAGCUAAGUUAUAACCUUGACAUAUGGCUAUAUAUAAUUGUUUCUUCAUAAUGUAUGUCCAUAUUUAAUCUUUUUUUAAUGGAAACUGUUACGCCUAUUUAUGAAAUAAUAAAUAGAGGUGUUUGUAAGUAAUUUUGUAAGCAUCAAAAACUAUUUCAGGUGCCAUUUAACUUUGCUGGCACAAGUCUCAAACGGUGUGAUUAUGCUUACCAUUUUGAUUUAGUUUCCUCGGUAAUAACAAAAUAAA